UCAGUACACCAGUCUCGGGGUUUGUUUUGAUCUGUUCGCAUGUGUUUCCAGCUGCCUGACUGGAUGUAUUUGAAUGGAAACCCAACUGUGGCUGAAUGAGUGGUAGUAGUGAAACGAUCGUCGACUUGGGCUCUCUCUCUGGAUGUAGAGGUGAUAUCGGCUGUCAAGUUGCUGGAGUGAUCUUCCACCAUACAGAACGCCAACAGGAGAAACAAGUGUCUACCAUUUGGAUCGAGUUUUUUGAUUGUUCAAAUUAAUGUUUUAAUCGUGGAAACUUGUACAAAUGUGGAUUAUUUUGCGCUGAUUUCAAAGAUGGUUCGAUAAGCGUUUUUGUGAUUCCGGAAUACAACUAACAGAAGAGGAUUUUACUCCAAACUGCGGAUCUUGAUUUUGGAUCACGCCCUAAAACCUUGAUCAUCGUUGUCUUCUUUGCUGGUGGAAAGUUUGGAACAACAACGAAAUCAAACAUGAAUCGAUUGUUGUUGGGUGCGUUCGUUGUGGCUACAAUGUUUAAAACAGCCACCGCCAUCGAGUGUUACGUGUGCAACGCGACGGAUUCCAGCACCCCCUUCCAGUGCAGCGAGUGGUUCGAACGGUUCGAUUCGCCGGACAUUAAGCCGCAGGACUGUUCCAACGUUUACGGGGCCAAAUACUGCAUCAAGCACAUCGGUCGCUUCGAAGCAUUAGCGAUCCUGUGCUAUCAAUGUUCCUCGGCACACAGCAUGUACUGCUCGGACAUGCUGGUGGCGGACGAGGCGUCCCCAUUCAAACCGGAACCGUGUGACCACGUGUUCGAGGCGGAAUACUGCGUCAAAUCGACGGCCAUGCACGGUGGAAUCGGGGCAAAACGGUACUGCUCGUCGCGUGACCUGGGCAACUAUUGCAACUACGUGCGCAAUCCGGGCGAUCAGAUCGAGUACCGGUCCUGCAUCUACACGUGCGAUACCGACGGAUGCAACGGGGGCCAGCGAACGACACUGUCCGUGGUGGCACUGCUGCUGGCCGGAGUUGCGUGGGUGGCAGCCGCAAGGCUGUAAGGUGGUGCCAUAGGAAGAUAGCAUUUUUUAACAUUUCCUCAAAAAAUAUUUUUGUGUAUUUUUACUAUGAUUUCUUGAUCAUUGAUCGAAAUCCGUCAUUCCGUCCUGUCCUAAUUUUGUUUAAUCUUGUGGAAGCUUUUUAGUUGUGCUCGAAUCUUAACCAUAUCACGCUAUAUCAGAUCUAAAUAAAGACAAUAAAUUUACAAAAGUCAAG